UGCAGCUAGCGGAGCGCGGCGACCCGGGGAGGCGGCGGUGUCCGCAGGCGUCGCGUGAGGAGGCUCGGAGCCCAGAGACUCGCGCAGCGCGAUGGCCCCCAUUGGCCUCAAAGCGGUGGUCGGAGAGAAGAUCAUGCAUGAUGUGAUAAAGAAGGUAAAGAAGAAGGGAGAGUGGAAGGUGCUGGUGGUGGAUCAGCUGAGCAUGAGGAUGCUUUCCUCCUGCUGUAAGAUGACGGACAUCAUGACCGAGGGGAUAACAAUUGUGGAAGACAUCAACAAGCGCCGAGAGCCGCUCCCCAGCCUGGAAGCUGUGUAUCUCAUCACUCCCUCUGAGAAGUCUGUCCACUCUCUCAUCAGUGACUUUAAGGACCCACCAACUGCCAAGUACCGGGCUGCACACGUCUUCUUCACUGACUCUUGUCCAGACGCCCUGUUUAACGAGCUGGUAAAAUCUCGAGCAGCCAAAGUCAUCAGAACUCUGACGGAAAUCAACAUUGCAUUUCUCCCAUAUGAAUCCCAGGUGUAUUCCUUGGACUCUGCUGACUCUUUCCAAAGCUUCUACAGUCCCCACAAGGCUCAGAUGAAGAAUCCGAUCCUGGAGCGCCUGGCGGAGCAGAUCGCAACUCUGUGCGCCACCCUGAAGGAGUACCCAGCCGUGCGGUAUCGGGGGGAAUACAAGGACAAUGCUUUGCUGGCUCAGCUAAUCCAGGACAAGCUCGACGCGUACAAAGCCGAUGACCCGACAAUGGGGGAGGGCCCAGACAAGGCACGCUCGCAGCUCCUGAUCCUGGACCGCGGUUUCGACCCCAGUUCCCCCGUCCUUCAUGAAUUGACUUUUCAGGCUAUGAGUUACGACCUGCUGCCUAUUGAAAAUGAUGUAUACAAGUAUGAGACGAGCGGCAUCGGAGAGGCGAGGGUGAAGGAAGUGCUCCUGGACGAGGAUGACGACCUCUGGAUAGCGCUACGCCACAAGCACAUUGCGGAGGUGUCCCAGGAAGUCACCCGUUCUCUGAAGGAUUUUUCUUCCAGCAAGAGAAUGAAUACUGGAGAGAAGACCACCAUGCGGGACCUGUCCCAGAUGCUGAAGAAAAUGCCCCAGUACCAGAAAGAGCUCAGCAAGUAUUCGACCCACCUGCACCUUGCCGAGGACUGCAUGAAGCAUUACCAAGGCACCGUGGACAAACUCUGCCGGGUGGAACAGGACCUGGCGAUGGGCACGGAUGCUGAAGGGGAGAAGAUCAAGGACCCCAUGAGAGCCAUUGUCCCCAUUCUGCUGGACGCGAAUGUCAGCACUUACGACAAAAUCCGCAUCAUCCUUCUCUACAUCUUUUUGAAGAAUGGCAUCACCGAGGAAAACCUGAACAAGCUGAUCCAGCACGCCCAGAUCCCCCCGGAGGACAGUGAGAUCAUCACCAACAUGGCCCACCUCGGGGUGCCCAUCGUCACAGAUUCCACGCUGCGUCGCAGGAGCAAACCGGAGCGGAAGGAGCGCAUCAGCGAGCAGACCUACCAGCUCUCACGAUGGACCCCGAUCAUCAAAGACAUCAUGGAGGACACCAUUGAAGACAGACUUGACACCAAGCACUACCCGUACAUCUCCACCCGCUCCUCUGCCUCCUUCAGCACCACCGCGGUCAGCGCCCGCUAUGGGCACUGGCAUAAGAAUAAGGCCCCAGGGGAGUACCGCAGUGGUCCUCGCCUCAUCAUCUUCAUCCUGGGGGGCGUGAGCCUGAAUGAGAUGCGUUGUGCUUACGAGGUGACCCAAGCCAAUGGAAAGUGGGAAGUGCUCAUAGGGUGGAAAUCUGGCAUCCCGUGGUUUCUGGUCCCCUCCUCAUGUGAAGGCCCACUCACUUGGCCGCAUCUCCAGGGAGGCACAUUUUCAAGAUCCACGCACAUUCUCACCCCACAGAAACUGCUGGACACGCUGAAGAAACUGAAUAAAACAGAUGAAGAAAUAAGCAGUUAAAAAAUAAGCCACGCCUCCAAAAAACGAACCCUCUCCCCAAAGUGCUCGCAGCCCUGACCACCGCUGACCGCCUCGGUUCCUUUGCUGACCCCCUUCUCCCUCCAUCGCCUGCCCCAGCUCUGCACGCCCGGCCGGCACUGUCGCCAGCUGCGUUCUCGUGUUUGGUGAUGCCCUCUUCUCGUUUGAAACAAAAUAAUGCAUUGUGUUUUUUAAAAAAAAGAGUACCUUCUAGAUGUAUCCUGGAGGAGACGUUCGGUGUGCGGGACGUGCUGCUGGAGGGUUUCUGAACUGUGUAGGAUGAUGAAUGGACACCUCCUCCCCAUCAGUCAUGAUCUUAGGACCUUGUACAUAACCCAGCGUGACAUGUGCACAUUGCUUGCGUAUGGGAAGGUAGAUGUUUGGGUGUUUUUAAAAACCCGUUUGGGAUCGUUCCUGUUCUUAUUGGGAAUCACUGAGAUGUCCGUUCUUGGAGUAUUUUAAACUGAGUAUUAAUCUGUUAUCUUCACUCCAGUUCCUACCCCUCAGUGCCAGCUCUCAUCCAGAUAAGCUUGGAAGUGAAGCUCAGGUGACAUCUCGAGAGGUUUGAGCUGGAGUCGACCUCUGCUCUCCCCAGGGGGGCUCAUUCCCCCCCUCCCCCGUGCUGGAGGUAGGGGCUGGGGGCGUCCACAGGAAGUCAGGCUGGGUGCCUGUCAUGGCUCGCUCCCUGGCCGCUGCCGCGGCACUGUGAUCCUGUUCUGUGAUCUGUCACUGUCCCCAGACGAGUGGGGAGCAAACUCCCACCGGGGACCUGGGUCCCUUGGAGAAGCAGUUAGACCUGGUCCUUCAGACCAGACCCCAUCUUUCCCCAGGCAUCACCGCCGACAGAGCUGCUCUUUCUCAGCAGGGUCAGCCUGGGUAGAGCUCACGGGACAGGAGCGAACCAGAGCAGAGCGAGUUCCGCAGGCUCCUGGUCAGAGGUCCCUUUCUGUAGAGCACUGUGUGUGCCCCUGACACUCCAAACCACCUGAAGAGUGGCCCGGUGGAUUUAUCCAGACCCUGAUCCCACUCAGGUUAUCCUCCGUUUAAGAUACUUCCUAAUACUUUAUUUUGUGUAGUGUGGGGUCAUAUGUCGUUGUGCUUGUAAGAGAAAACAAUCAUUUUAUUCUCUGUAUAAAAACGUAGCUGUAUAAAACUUAGCUCUAAUGCAGAAAUCGAAGAAGCAAAUGCAGGAAGGAUGUCUCGUCGCCCUCAGGACUCAGCAGCUCGUUCUCCGGAAGGGAGCGCACUAUUUGUUCUGCUGCUGUUGUGAACUAUAAUGACAGUGGAAGUCACAAAAAUGUCCCGCGCCCACCCCCACCCACCCCCUUAACCCCUGCAAACCGUGUGUGUAUAUUACUGUCUUGUGGCAUCGUCAUUGCAAAUGUGGUGUGUGCUAGUUCUCCGCGGCCCUCACUUCCCUUUCAGAAUAUACUCCUCAUCCGCCCCAUUAGAUGCAUCGUGGCAUUCUCUUCUCAAGGCUUUGAAAUCUCCCCUUUGCACUCAGAUUAGUUUUCAGGUCUGUCUCCCUUCCCCCCCUUACAAGAUCUUAUUUCCUUAGGACAGACUGUAGGGACCUGCCUUGGUUUGUUUCUUCUUGUUACUGCUUGUUUUGUCCCCUGCCCUUGACCAAACGAUCGAUGCUCAUGCUUCAGGACCUUGUUUGUCCGACAUGUUGGUUUUCCUUUCUCUGUUAUUUAUAUAAAAAUAAUUUAUCAAAAGGAUAUUUUAAAAAAAAAAAAGCUAGUCUGUCUUGAAACUUGUUCACCUUGAAAUUAUCAGAAUCUCAGUGUUUGAAAGUAUUGAAGCACAAACAUGUAUCCUCUCUGUACUGUUCUGUACUAAAGCACUUGAGUCUAAUAAAUAAAUAAAUCAGCGCCCA